GCUCAGCUGCGUGCUUGAGCUGGGCGCAGCGCGAUGGCUGCGAUCACCGCGCGGCGUGCUGCGCAGGCGCUACGUUUGCCAUGGCUGGGCCGGCGGCAGCUACACCUGGCGAGCCCCUGCUUCAACCAGGCGGUGAACCCAGGCUACCCGGUCAUGUGGACGCUUGUUUACGACAAGCCUGGCUACGACCCGGAGAUGGAGCUGGAGUAUGACCUUAUGCCACGAGACGAGUUUGGGGUGCCAGCGCACAUCCCCCCCGAGAUCUCCACGACGAUUCGUCAUACGUAUCACAUCCCGCCCCAGUACUACCCCUUCUUGAAGAAGCUGGGGGAUGAUACGCCUGAGCUUAAGCCGCAUUUGGACAAGCUCAUUAACGGAGAGUUGACCUUCGACGACUAUGAGGAGAUGUUCUACCAGUUUGCCAAGCCCCUGAAGAUUCACCGCCCUUUGAUCCCCAUGCCGUACCGCAGCGCUGAGGAGAUGAAGCGCUCAGGUGAGGUAAUGUGGGAAGGCGCCUGGCUUUCCUUCCGUCAGCGAGUCUUGGGAGAUUACAUCUCGAGGCAUCACUUCCGGGACUUCUUGGGAGGCAUCGGGGUCGGCCUCUUCUUUGCCUGGGUCUACACUCAGCAGCACCGGCAGUACCGCAUCGACAUGAAGCUUUUCUACUUGGAGGCCCCAGAGCACAAGAUCAACUGGCUCACGCCCCGGGGCGACCUCUGAGCGCGGAUCGCUUGGUAGUUUCCCCGGAGCUCCAGUUGGUAAGUAAACGGCCAGAAAGUCAUG